AUUGCAUUGACAGUCAUAUUGUCAAGUAAUUGGGUUCAAAACCAAAUGUUGUCGAAAGUACUGAUGUCUCAAUGGAAUAAUCCAAGUAUAUUUUCUAAAAGUUAAAAUUAAAUUUUGCUGUUGUUCAGAUAAUGAUAAAGCGAUAAUUCAGAAUGGAUCGGGAGCAAUGUUGCCGUUUGUGUAUGUCCACAAACACCGAAGAACACCUGAACAUAUUCAGUGACAUUGGAACAAAAAUGAAACUGAGUGAAAUCAUCAGCGAACAUUUCGAAUGCGCGGUCAGUGAGCUGGAUCCAUUGCCGAAUUUCGUGUGUCAAGCGUGCUGGAAAACUACAGACAACUUCCAUGAACUGUAUCAAAAGUCGAAAACAGUUCAAGAAUCAUUUCUAAAAUCAUCGAUUAAAGUAGAACCGAAUGAGAGCGAACUGUGGCACAGCCAUCAGGAAACCAUUUUCAUCGAAGAACCACAAUUUGUGAUUGGCCCAAUUAAACUCGAAACAAAUCAAGACGAAUCAAACUCUAGCGACACUGAUGCAGGGGAUUACAGCGACCAUACGAACGAUUCGGAUGAAAUUAUUGAAGAGAAAAACGACAAAGAAACUAAGGAAAAGUCACCGACUAGUAAAUGGGAUAGUAUUUCAAGCAACAAGAAAAAAGGCAUAAAAAUGAGAGACAGAGAGCACGUACAGUACGAUAAGCUAUUUGCUGAGCACAAACAUCAAUUUAACAUGAAUUGCGAAUCGUGUCCAAUGACAUUCAAAACGCUAGAAGAGGCGCGAAAACACUAUGCCAAGAAACACCAGAAUCCAAACGGUUACAUCAAAUGUUGUAGUUUUAGACUCAAGUAUCCAUAUCAAGUGGUGAGACAUCUAAGAAAGCAUCAGCGUCGUAGUCGCAAUAAAAAGCAGUGCAGGUUAUGCUUCAAAUUAUUGGGCUCAAAUUAUGCUUUGAAGAAGCACAUGAACCUACACGAGGAAAGAAAUGAAACCAGCGAUGAAGAGUUCAUGAAAUUCCUAAAAGAAAACUUUGACCUGAAUUGUGAUCAAUGCGAUACCAUGUUUAGCUCAUUUAACCAUGCUCAGCAACACUACAAAGAAUCUCAUGGUAAUGACAAUGGUUACUUCAAGUGCAAGAGUUGUAAAAUUAAAGUAAAACAAUUUUCCAUGCUCAAACAUCACGUUGAAUCUCACUCAAUCAAAGCGCCAGAGACUUUCAAAUGUGAUAUGUGUCCCAAAGUGUUCACAACCAAAAGAGCAAUAUCCCUACACCAAAGAGCGCAUCGAUUGACUAUGAACAAAUCAUUUAUUUGCCAUUACUGUGAAAAGCCCUGCAGAGAUAAAUUCGCAAUAACACGACACAUAUUUAAUAUACAUAUGGAGGAUCUGGAGCGAAAAUUCGCAUGCGAUAUUUGCGAUAAAAAGUUCCACAUACUGGAGCUGUUAGAGAGGCACAUUUAUGCGGCACAUCGAGAAAAGAAACGAGAACACACAUGCGAGAUUUGUGGAAAAUCAUUCGAUGUUAAAGGCAAUUUUGACAAGCAUAUGCUAUUGCAUGAGGACAAAUCCGAGCGUUUGGCGCAACGAAAACAGUGCAAACACUGCGGCGAGUGGCUGUCAAGAAGUGGAAUUUAUUACCAUGGUAUAAUUCAUAAUAGCGCGGUUCAAAAGUGCGAUCAAUGUCACGCGGAAUUUCCACAUAAAUUUGCUCUGAUGGCACACAUUCGCAAAUACCAUCGUGAGCCCAAGCAUAGAUGCAGAUACUGUGAUAAAACAUUUGAAAUUGGAUCGAAAUUAAGAGAGCACGAAGAUACUCAUACACGUCAAAACAUUUACCCGUGUUUCGUCGCAAAUUGUUCGAAGACAUUCACUGUGUUGAGUUCCAGGAAGACACAUAUGCGACGCAGCCACCCCGAAGAACAGAAGGAAAGAAAUAAAAUGAGAAAAAUGCUACAGCUCACUCCAUCUUAAUCUACUUCUCUAUUCGAACACUCUUUCAGUUUUUAUUCGUUCACAUUUUUAAAGAAGUUCAAGACGAGUUUAAGAUAAAAUCCUCAUUUUUAAAUUAAAAAAGAAGAACUUGAUAUUGAAUUUGGCCAAAUUAAAUCAAAUAACAAAUUUGUUGCAAUUUUGAAUUUUGAAUUUAUGUACCAAUUUUUUUUUAUUGAUUACUUUGAAAUAAAAAAUGGUUUUUGUUUUAAAA